CCCAAAAAAAAAAAUAAAAGAAUAUUUUUUUUUCCCGCAUGCCAUUAAGACUUUGGUUUGAAGUUUGAAGUUUGAACCGCUUAUAGCACGGUUGCAGUUCAGUGUCGCACUUUCAUAUCACUCUCGUUGUUAAUGUCAGAAGAUUAGUUAAAAAACAACCUUGUGAAUGGCAGCUGAAUCGACCAGUUUUCUCUUUCGUUCGUUCUCCGCUCCCUCGGAAACUUCCACCGCCACUCAAGAGUUUUUAUUUUUUGGUUUUAGGGGGACUCCAUGAGGGUACUUGGCGAAUCUAUUUCUUUUGGGAGGUUUUUGUCAGAAAGUCUGAAUUGGGAGAGAUGGUCAUCGUUCACAAGCAAUCGUUAUGUGGAAGAAGCCGAGAAAUAUUCCAAGCCGGGUUCUGUUGCUGCGAAAAAGGCCUACUUCGAGGCUCGUUACAAGAGGAAGGCUGCGGAGAAACAGGCUGUCUUGGCUCAAGAAGCUAAUGAAGCUUCAGGAACUUUCAAUUCAGAAACACUGGAAUCAAAUUGCAACGACUCAUCAGAUGUUGCCGAGUUAAGUGCCGAUGCGAUUGCGACUUCAGAUGAACAGCCAGACAAAGAAGCUGAUGAUUGCCAAGUUAUUAUUGAUUGUACCAGUAGAAAUAACCUUGAUGUUGGACAAAGUGAUUCAGGCAUUUCCAAUGUGCAUGGAGAAGGGGACGGGUCGUAUACUCACGUUAUUACAAACGAAAGUUGUGUCAUUACUGAUGAUUCUAACCAGCAUGAUCAAAUUGAAAUCCAUCAGAAUAUUGCUCUCCCUGGAGAAGAGAAGAAGUCUGAUCAUGGUGUCGCUGAUCCUAGAAGUGGAAUAAAAAAGAAGUCAAUCAGCAUCUUGACUAAGAAUCGUAGGCAAACUUCACAGUCACUCCACAUGUCAAUCAAUCUUUCCUCGGGCAAUGGUGAAACAAGCAAAACAGAUGCACAAUCCAGAAAUGGCGUAAACAGCACCUUGAAAAGUAAGAAGGCUGUUGAAGUUUCAAUUGAGAAGAAGAGACUAACCGGUCCUUCUGGUGCCAAUAAAACAAGUAUGACAGCUACUGCUACUGCAGCUGUUAAACCUAGACCUGAAAAUCACACAUUGAAGGGUAUGAAGCCAGGCGGAGGCUCUGUGGAGAAGAGACCAACUUCGAGCUCACUCCGUAGAUCACUCAAUCUCCCUUCUAGCACAGGCAAAGCAACUGAAAUGGCUUCAGUGUUUGAUAAAAGAAUUGAAAGGAAUCAUUGUAGUUUGCGCAAUAUUCCCAAAGUUCGUCCACUGGCAUCUAACAUAUCAACUAAGUUGUCUUAUGAUUUCUCGAAUCAAGAUUCAGAAAAUCCACCUUAUCCAGGAAGAAGGACUGAAGAGGUACUUAAAUCUGUGUCUAGAGGUGUUGCUGCGAAUGUGAAACUUCCCUCUGCCUCUUCUGAAUGCAUGAAAUCUUCUAGCAGCAACAAAAUUAUUCAUCGACCCCCUACCAUGUCAUCACCGUUUAGAUUUAGAAGUGAAGAAAGAGCAGUAAAACGCAAAGAGUUCCUUGAAAGGGUGUAUGGAAUCAAAAACAAAGUUGAGAAAAUUCAGUUUCAAAGGACACCUGAGCAGAAUAACAUAAAGCAUGAUUUCAAGCUGGGGCAGAGCAGUGGCUCUAAACCCAAACUAAAUGAGGACGGGCAUGGUGCAUCGUGCUCGCCUAGUAAUCAGAUCCAAAAGACCUCAGUGACACAUAAAAGCUUUGGAAAUUCAUGGAAGCCUCCAAUCAGCACCAACAAUUCCAAUCGUGCUACAGAAAAACUCAACCGAUCAACAAGGAACUCAGUAACUUCAAUGACAAAGAUCACACGAGAAAAUGCUUCUCCAAAUAUUCAGCAUUGAAGGGUGAUAUUGACCCUUGUGUUGACUUCAACUUUGUAUCAGUGAAAAUGAUCAGCAGAUUUUAUCUUUCUGAUGUGUAGUUUCACAGAAGUGAAAAUUUUGUAUUUUAGUCUUAGUUUUCUAGUUAUAUCUAUAGAUUCUAGAAUAUGAAUAAGUUUUUGAACUAGGAAGGGAUUAUUUCCAAAUUAGAACUCUGGUUAA